AUCCCCCAUUCUGGGCAUGGCAGUCCUUACAAGAUGCUUUCUAUCCCCCUAUUUAUUCCUUUCUUUACUUUGUAGUGUAGUGUCAUGAUCGAUGCAGUGUAUACACGGAAUUGAAUUGCAUAGGUCUACCCAGAAAACAGAACAAUAUUUGGAAGGCAUAUUACUUCUGAUUAAUUAGGCUACUCUCAUUUAAUACUUGUCACAUUUUGUACUCAAAAGACAAUGAGUACGACCUCAGCUAUGCACAAAAAGAAAAGAAAGGAUUUUAUACCAUAUUUUCUCGGGCUAGUUGUAUUUUUGUAUUGCAUUGUUCAUCUUAUUUCAUUCACUGCUACGACAGCAAAACAGUCGUCCCAUUCUGCACGGAUCCGCCGGGCUCUUGAUAAUGAGACGGAAUGUGUUCCACCGCAGUCCUCCGAGUUCCCCGACGGUUUCUUUACUGCCCGAGAGAGAAAAGAUGGGGGACUUGUCAUCUACUUUAUGAUCAUUUUCUACAUGUUUCUGGCGGUCGCUAUCGUGUGUGACGAUUACUUUCUACCAUCUCUGGAGGUCAUAAGUGAACGCCUAGGACUGUCUCAGGACGUAGCUGGAGCUACCUUCAUGGCAGCUGGGAGCUCUGCACCUGAAUUGGUCACAGCCUUUUUAGGGGUGUUUGUCACAAAGGGAGAUAUCGGAGUGAGCACUAUUGUUGGAUCAGCCGUUUACAACCUCCUAGGAAUCUGUGCUGCAUGCGGACUACUGACCUCUAUGGUGGGCCGUCUGACUUGCUGGCCGAUGUUCAGAGACUGCCUGGCUUAUGCUAUCAGUGUCUCCGCUGUGAUCGCCAUCAUCUCUGAUAACAAAGUGUACUGGUACGACGCGGCCUGUCUGCUGCUGGUGUACGCCGUCUACAUCGUGGUGCUGUGCUUCGACCUGCGCAUCAGCGAGUUCGUCCUGCGUCGCUUCAGCCCCUGCUGCACCUGUCUGGGGAAGAAUGCCGGGGGGCCCGACGAGGCCCGGCCCCUGAUGGGCUUCGACACCAGCCUGAGGGCCAACAACCGGUCGCGGACCGACAGCGGGAUCUUCCAGGAUGACUCUGGCUACUCUCACCUGUCGCUCAGCCUGCACGGCCUCAACGAAAUCCCCGAAGAGCCUAACAAGAGUGUAUUUGCGGUGCCUGAGAGCGAUGUGAAACGGAUCUUCUGGGUUCUUUCUCUGCCACUCAUCGCUCUGCUUUUCCUGACCAUACCUGACUGCCGGAGAAGGUUCUGGAAGAAGUGGUUCAUGGUGACCUUCCUCAUGUCAGCUGUCUGGAUCUCUGCCUUCACAUACAUCCUGGUGUGGAUGGUCACCAUCGUUGGAGAGACACUGGGCAUCCCGGACACAGUUAUGGGUCUGACUCUUCUGGCAGCAGGGACCAGCAUACCGGAUACCAUAGCGAGUGUAAUGGUGGCCAGAGAAGGAAAAGCAGACAUGGCCAUGUCAAACAUCGUGGGCUCCAAUGUGUUCGACAUGCUAUGCCUGGGCCUGCCCUGGUUCAUUAAAACAGCAUUUGUGGACACCGAAAACCCUGUGGAGGUCAACAGCACGGGGCUGCUCUUCAUUUCCUUCACACUUCUACUGUCCAUAGUCUUCCUCUUUGUAGCAGUCCAUAUCAAUGGAUGGAAGCUAGACUGGAAGCUUGGCAUAGUAUCCCUCUUCUGCUACAUCGUGUUUGCAACUGUGGCAAUCCUGUAUGAACUGGGAAUCAUCGGGAAUAACCCAAUCCGACUGUGCAGCGACUGAUAUGUGAAACACCCCGCAUGAGCUGAACUCUAUCGAUUGAUACCUCAUAGAACCAAAGUAAGCUUCAAGCUGUUGUUGAAGGCAGAGGGUCGUCUACUACAACGAAUGGUCCCUCAUCCCCACUGGUCUUGUUUAAAGUGUUUUCUAUGAUUGCCAAGAACCAGCACACACCAACUGUUAAUACACGUUCUGAAAUACCUUCUGGGGUACCAUGGCUGUUCAUAUGAAUGCUGAAGACUUGGACAUGACCAUGAAAUGCGUGUUUGAAGCAGUGGCAUAAGGUCAGUUAAAUUAACCUUAAAUUUAAUGACCAAACUCAGGAAAUAAAAUAUUUA